GCCGAAGAAUGCCGCUGGUGGUGAGCUGGCCGUUCCCUGUCAAGUCGCGCUGUUUUCGCCAUGUUACCAGUACGGUGAUCACUGGGCUGGUGGGCUCGUACAGCUGGGUGUGGACCAAGUACAUGAACAGUCUGCGGGUGCACAACAAGGAGGUCUUAUACGAGCUGAUUGAGAAGCGGCAGCCGGGCACGCCGCUUAUCACCAUCUGUAACCACCAGUCCUGCAUGGACGACCCUCACCUGUGGGGUAUUCUAAAGUUUAGACAUCUGUGGAACCUGAAGACGAUGAGAUGGACCCCCACUGCUGCCGAUAUAUGCUUUACAAAAGAGAUGCACUCCUGGUUCUUCAGUAUGGGCAAGUGUGUGCCGGUGUGCCGAGGAGACGGAGUAUACCAGAAAGGAAUGGACUUCAUCGUGGAGCGGCUGAACCAUGGAGAAUGGGUGCACAUGUUUCCGGAAGGGAAAGUUAACAUGACCCAAGACUUUAUGAGGCUGAAGUGGGGCAUUGGACGUGUAAUAUCCGAGUGCACGCUGCAUCCCAUCAUCCUCCCCCUCUGGCACGUCGGAAUGAACGAUGUGCUUCCAAACGAUCCACCGUAUGUGCCGCGAUGGGGACAGAAGGUCACGGUGCUGGUUGGGAGCCCGUUCAGCACGGCGUCUGUGGUGGAGAAGUUGAGAGCUGAGCACCGGACGCCGAGGGAGAUGAGGAAAGCGAUCACGGAUUACAUCCAGGAGGAGUUCCGUCAGCUGAAGUCGCAGGCAGAGAACCUGCACCAAAGCUUUAAAGAGCAGAGGUGACGAGAAGCCACCAAAGAGUAGACCUGCCGAGGACGGCCACACACCAGAUGCCUUCCUAUGUAUUAUUUGUUUUUAAUCCAUCCGGAGCGCCGGGCACAGGCCAGUGAGGAGUCGGGGGGGGGAUCGCACUCCAUCAGGUUAUUACGUACAUUUACUUACUUUGGCGUCUACGCCAUAAACUGCUGCUGGAUCACAUGAAGGUGACGACACAUGAAGUUACAUGGAGCAGCACAGUGAGGGUACAGGACUACUGAGCCCAAUAUCCUUUGACCUGUGCUGGGUCUUGAUGAUUUUAACCAUUUUUAAACUGGAGAAGGUCUGCAUUAUGAUUUCAAGUCUUUUUAAUAAUGUCUCAAGGGGUUGUCGGGCCCCCAUUGCGCUGCUCGUCCCAUCCCUGGAUUCUUCCCUUUUGUGCAGCCUGUUAUUUAUUGUACUGAUAUGGGCCAUACGCGUGCUGCAGGAAUGCACGGUGGCUGCCGAGACUGUUUUAUACGUUUUUCCUUAGCGGUCUUUUCAAUAAAGAUGACAUUUCUCUUUUUCGA